AUCAUUUUCAUGUAUCUAUGUUAUACCUAUACGCCAGAGCAAAACCGGAGCAAAAUCAUAUUUGAAACUCUUUGUACGGCGCCGUUGGUUGAGUUGACUUCAAGUUAAUUACUCAAACUAAAAGGAUGAAAUAUGUCAGAAUGUCUUUCAAACCGGUUGUAUUGUAAAAACCACUCAUUAUCGACUAUAAUGUCCACCACGAAAACUGAGCAGGGGCAGAGCCUUGAAGAGACUGGCGGCAAUAAUCAGGAUGAAUACCCUCAAAUUCCAAUUGAAGCCAUGACCCCUCAUGAUGAAUGGACUUACACAAUGCGGCGGAAAAUGCAGGAGAUAGUUCCCGGUCUUUAUCUCGGCCCUUAUAGCGCCGCGAGUCCUUCAAAAUUAGAAUCGUUGCUGGAAUAUGGUAUAACUCACAUAGUUUGCGUUCGUCAAGAUAUCGAAGCACAUUUCAUAAAGCCCAACUUUCCUGACAGAUUUCAAUAUCUUGUACUGGAUAUAGCUGACGCAGCUCACGAAAAUAUAAUACAACACUUUCAGAAAGUAAAAAUAUAUAUAGACGAUGCUCUGAGUUCCCGUGGUCGGGUUCUGGUACAUGGCAAUGCAGGAAUAUCCAGAUCUGCAGCAUUGGUAUUAGCCUACAUGAUGGAAACCUAUGGAUUAACGCUGCGAAGAGCCUUCGAAAUAGUACAAAGGCGAAGAUUUUGCAUCAUUCCGAAUGAAGGGUUCUUGGCACAAUUGAGAGAAUUUGAGCCUAUUUAUCAGGCACAGAAAACUCUCAGACACGGACAGCAGAGUUCAGCAAGACAGAGGAGCAAACGUACCAUUCACCAAAUGGACACUGAACAAACAGAUGAACAACCUGAUGCAAUGGAUAGUUGAUGUAAACUCUAAAAGUAUCAAAAUUCAUACACCAAAUCUUAAUCAACACCUAGGAACACAAAAGUAAUCCGAUCUGUACCGCCGUAUUUGUGUACGGAAUUGAGUUCUGGUAAUGUAACAAGCCAAACCACGUUCUGGUCAAAACGCAACGUACUCAAAUUCCUCAUAAAGUAAUGUUUAUUCGACAUCUUACGUUGAAAAAACAUACGCGGAACAACUGUUUUUAAUGUUAGUAACUCUGCAAUAAAAUAAUUUCACGCAUAAUAUUAAUUAAUGAUUAAAAAUUACAAAACCUAAAAUGGGCGAUCAUAUUUUGAUAUAGGGUAUAUAGUAGCAUCGAGUACCCCUUUGGUGCUGCUUACCAUAUUCGCCAGCUAAAAUAUAUACCGUACAUAGAAAAUAAGACCAAAAUCUACUGCUAGAAAUGAUGUUCACGUUAAUGUUUGUAUUAUUUACCUGGUCUAUCAUCGCACCUUAAUAUUUGUAUUUAAAAACUGAAUUUAUGUAAUUAGAUAACUUUAAGUUGAAUAAUGCUACCUUAUGUACUCUGUUUUUUAUUUAUUGAUAAUUGAAGUUUAUUUGCAUAUGUAAUUAAUCAUCUACAAAAGAAUACACAUAAUAUUUUCAAGGACCCUGCUUUUCUCAACUCCUUGAAACUUGGAAUUCUAAAGCCUGUGUGUUUAGUGCCAGUAACAUAAUAUAAAUAAAUAUGUGCAUAUAUUCUUGCUGACACUGGACGAUAUAAUGAUUUGAUAGUAGAGUCACAUCCGGCCACGAUAUCAAUGUGUUGAUAUCGCCAGACCAAGAAAAAACCAGUAGUAAU